AUGUCGGACUUGGUUGGAAGCAGGCAUUUCGGAGAAGUGCAAGGAGCUCUCUAUACUGUUGAAUUUCAAAAACGAAGUUUACCUCAUGCUCAUAUAUUGCUGUGGUUUAAACCUGAGGAUAAGCCAAGAUCCGCAACACAUAUUGAUUCAAUUAUAUCUGCAGAAAUUCCAAACCCAAAUGAAAACAAGGAUGCAUUUGAUGCACUAUGCCAGUAUAUGCUCCACGGUUCAUGCGGACAUGCAAAACCUGACUCUACAUGUAUGCGCGGAAAAAAAUGCACAAAAAAAUUCCCAAAGAAAUAUAGCAGCAAAACAUAUGUUGAUGAUACGGGAUUCGUAAUUUAUAAGCGACGACAUGCAUAUUGGGGACCACAAAAGGACGGAAUCAAGUUAGAUGCAGGAUGGGUUGUGCCAUACAAUCUAGACUUGAUAAUGAGAUAUGAUGCACACAUCAACGUGGAAAUCUGCAACUGUAGGGGUAUGACUAUUAAAUAUUUGUUCAAGUACAUCCACAAAGGAAAGGACAUGAUAACUGCAAUUGUUGCAGUAUUUCCACCUGGUAACAAAAAUUCAGACAACCAGGGUGCAAAUGACAAAAAUCCAAACAACAAUGGUGUUGUGGAAGAAACACAAAAGACAAGUAAGGACGGGGUCAAUACAUAUCUCGAGGGCCGAUACCUAUCAAGAUGUGAAUGUAUAUGGAGGACACUUGGUUUUGAAAUUCAUUACCGAAACCCAAGUGUGGAGAGGUUGUCAUUACAUCUCGAAGGGGAACAGUUAGUGUACCACAACGAUACCGAUGAUUUGAGAGAUGUUCUAGACAAGGCAGAUCCGGAUGCAUCAAAAUUCAUUCAAUGGAUGCAAGCUAAUAGAGAUCAUGAAGAUGCAAGACAAUGGACAUACGUAGAGUUUCCUAAGCAUUGGAGAUGGGACCAAGCGAAAAAACAUGGAAAUGGGUGGAACGAUUCAGUUACAUUCAAAGACGCCUGUUUGGCACUAGGAUUGUUGGAAGAUGACGGUGAAUGGCACAUAGCCAUUCAGGAAGCAGCAGAAACACAUACAGGCAAGAGGUUACGUGAAUUGUUUGCUAUGAUCUUACUGAAUUGCAAAGUAACAGAACCCAAAAAACUAUGGCAUGAUAAUUGGGAUCUUUUAGCAGAAGACAUCAAGUACGAACAAAUAAAGUUUUAUGGAGAUUCAGCACGAACACUAGCCAAUGAAGUCUUGCAAAACUAUACACUACAGGAAAUUGAGAAGAUUUUCUGGAAACAUAAUCGAACUUUAAGGGAGGAUGAAUUUUCGGGUAUACCAUACCCAGACAUGUCUGAAUUAGAUAUUCCUAAAAACACCCUUAUUCAUGAAGAACUAAACUAUGACAGAGAUAUUCUACUGGCAGAGGCAGAGGAUUUGAAGAACGUCAGUAGAACAGAAUGA